CCUGUUGGGUUUACAUAAGAACUGCUUCCCACCUGCCUGGGUGCUAUAAAACAUGUACCCAGCGUUUCCCUCCCAUUUGUAGCUGUUUGGAUCUCUUCAAGCAAGUAUCCUCUUCGGUUAUUAGGAUCCUGAUCUUUGGGGGAAAAGAGCAAGAUGGUACCUACCAGGGGACUUGUUGCCUGGGUGGUGCUGAUGGCCCUGGCAUUGUUGGACCCCAGAUGCCAUGCACAGCGUGACUGUCGAGUGAGCAGCUUCAAAGUCCAGGAAAACUUUGACAAGUACCGAUAUGCUGGAACUUGGUAUGCUAUGGCCAAGAAAGACCCUGAAGGACUGUUUCUCCAGGACAAUGUGGUAGCCUCGUUUUUUGUUGACGAGACUGGGAAGAUGACUGCUACUGCAAGGGGCAAAGUGCAGUUGUUCAAUAACUGGGACAUUUGUGCUGACAUGGUUGGCUCAUUCACAGAAACAGAGGAUCCUGCCAAGUUCAAGAUGAAAUACUGGGGUGUGGCAUCCUAUCUCCAGAAGGGAAAUGAUGAUCACUGGGUAGUGGCCACAGAUUAUGACACAUAUGCUCUCCACUACUCCUGCCGGCAGCUCAAUGAAGAUGGGACAUGUGCAGAUAGCUACUCCUUUGUGUUCUCUCGGGACCCAAAUGGGCUCUCUCCAGAAGUGCAAAGAAUUAUCCGGCAGAAGCAGAUGGACCUUUGCUUAGAAAGACAAUACAGGGUUAUCAUUCAUGACGGGUUCUGCCUUUAAGAAGACCAGUCUCUAUGAAAACAAUUCUAAAGCUGUAAAAUGUAUAAAAUUGUUGUGUGAAAAGUCCUUCUAGUGGAUUCAUUUAGAUUUUGAAUAUAUUUAUCUGAACUGUGCCCUUUACUCUUUCAUCAAGUAAGUGAAAUUUAAUAAACUACAAUUAUUGGAGCGACA